GCAGGGUGGAAGAUACGGCAACGCACUCCAGGCGGCUUCAUCGGGAGGCCACGAGCAGGUGGUAAAGCGCUACUAGAGAAGGGCGUCGACGUCCACGAGCAGGGUGGAGAUUACGGCAACGCACUCCAGGCGGCUUCAAUCGGAGGCCACAAGUAGGUGGUAAAACUGCUGCUUAAGAAGGGCGCUGAUGCUAACGCGCAGGGUGGACCCUAUAGAAACGCACUCUAGGCGGCUUCAAUCAAAGGCCACGAGCAGGUGGUGAAGCUGCUGCUGGAGGAGGGCGCCGACGUUAAUGCACAAGGUGGAUCCUACGGAAACGCACUCCAGGCAGCUUCAUCGGGAGGCCACGAACAGGUGGUGAAGCUGCUGCUAGAG